AUGAAGGCCAGCAUUCUAAGUAUCGCAGCUCUUGCUUCUGUCGCUAUGGCAGAACUUGAUGCCGAGCAAGUCGAGUCUUUGACUGUUCUUUUCUCUGAUAUCGAAAACAACAUCAACCAGUAUCUUUCAUACUUGUCUUCGAACUCUGACGUUACUUUCCCAACCAACUUGAUCGGAAUCUUCAAGUCCAUCGCUACCUACACUGAUGACUCUUACACUACCAUUUUGGCCGCUCUUCCAGACUCUGAGUACGAACAGAUUCAGUCUUUGGAGACUGCUCUUCCAUGGUACACUUCCCGUAUCGAGCCAAAGAUCACUGUUGCUGCUUCUUCUUCAGCCGCUGCUUCAUCUUCUGAGGCUGCCACUAGUGCUGCUGAGACCACUGCUGCUACUACUGCUGCUGCUUCAUCAUCUGAGGCUGCUUCAAGCACUUUGGCUGUUUCUGAGGCUUCUAGUUCCGCUGCCUCAAUCGCUUUGUCUACCUUCUCUGCAGGUGCUGCUGCUAACGCUCCAUACGCCGGCUUGGGUCUAGGUGCUAUGCUCGGUUACAUGCUUUUGUAA